UUCAGUACAUCGCCAAGCCUCCAUUCGAAUAUUAAAUUCGACAGAAAUGAAGCAAACUCGUGCUUAGUGACUGCCGAUUUAGGAAUUGAUAAUUGCAACUCGGUAGCAAUUCUCUAGGGAGAAAAUAAGUUACGAUGUCGCCUCCACUGCCGGUACACCUGCGGUGGCGCCGCGAGGCCGAAGGCACCAGCGAAAAGGCCCCAGCCACCACCAACGCUAAUGUUACAGUUUCAAACAUGACCACUGUAUCACCAGGGGCGUCCGGAAGUCCCAUUGUCACGUCAGAAGGACCGCCAACAACGACUACCACUCAAGAAUCUAUAGCGGAGAAAACAGCUGAGAUCGCUCACAAGAUGAAUAUGGAAACAUGGCAAUUAGUUGCCAUUCUUGUGGGAGUGGCAGUCGUGGUGUUGGGCAUUUGCUUCUGCUGCAUUCGGCGAUGCUUCCGCAAACGCCGAUCCAAGGAUGGCAAAAAAGGGAUGAAAGGGGUCGACUUCAAGUCCGUCCAACUUUUAGGCUCAGCAUAUAAGGAAAAGGUUCAGCCGGAUAUGGAGGAGCUCACAGAGAAUGCUGAGGAACCAGACGACGGGGACUCCAAGAAAGAGGAACAGAAGCUAGGAAAAAUCCAGUACAAGCUGGAAUAUGACUUUAAUAGCAACAGCCUAUCAGUGACCGUCAUCCAAGCAGAAGAGCUUCCAGCUUUAGACAUGGGCGGAACGUCAGAUCCUUAUGUGAAAGUGUACCUACUGCCUGAUAAGAAAAAGAAAUUUGAAACCAAAGUACACCGCAAAACACUGAGCCCUGUUUUUAACGAAACCUUUGUAUUUAAGAAUGUGCCAUACGCUGAUGCAAUGAACAAAACCCUAGUGUUCGCGAUAUUCGAUUUCGACCGAUUCUCCAAGCACGAUCAAAUUGGCGAAGUAAAGGUACCCCUGUGCCAAGUCGAUCUAGCACAGACAAUUGAAGAGUGGCGCGAACUACAGAGUGUCGAAGGCGAGGGAGGCCAGGAUAACAAGCUUGGCGACAUAUGUUUCUCUUUACGUUAUGUACCAACUGCUGGAAAAUUGACCGUCGUUAUUUUGGAGGCAAAGAAUCUUAAGAAAAUGGACGUCGGUGGCUUAUCGGAUCCGUACGUAAAGAUCGCACUCAUGCAAAAUGGAAAACGUCUCAAGAAGAAGAAAACGAGCAUCAAGAAAUGCACACUGAAUCCAUAUUACAACGAGUCAUUUACUUUUGAAGUACCAUUCGAACAAAUACAGAAGGUGAAUCUAGUGGUAACAGUGGUGGAUUACGAUCGCAUCGGCACCUCGGAACCCAUUGGAAAGGUCGUGCUGGGCUACAACGCGUCAGGAACGGAACUACGUCACUGGUCAGACAUGCUGGCUAGUCCGCGUCGCCCAAUUGCUCAGUGGCAUACACUCAAGGAUCCCGAAGAUGGAGAGAAGAAAGAUUAAGACCAUAAAAAAGAAUGACAUCAAGCAAUGGAAGAUCGAAGACGAACGGAAAUCGCCUUAUUCAACAACCCACUUCAGAAAACUAUUCAUUCUGUUGUUUCAAGAAUAGAAACUGAAGAAGUAGAUUUAUAAUGAUUUACCUAUAUUUAAACCUUAUUUGUUAUUUUAUUUACAUCUACUAAAUUAAUAGCAUUUUUAAUUUAUAAUGCCUAUAAAGCUAUUACAUAAGUUCUAUUUUAUUUGGAAUAACUGUAUGCAUGAGCGUAUA